AUGGACUCUUUUAUGCUUCAAGAUGAAGGCGUGCGCGAUCGCAUACGCCAAGCGGAGGAAUUCCUUGAUCCCAAUGAUCCCCAAGUCCGAAGUUAUCGAUCCGAUAUCAUUCUUAUGCUACAGAAGAACCAGCGUCGAUUGACCGUUAAUCUCGAUCAUGUGCGCAACCACAGCCCGGACCUCGCACAGGGCCUCUUACAACAACCCUUCGAUUUCACUCUGGCUUUUGAUCAAGCCCUGAAGAACAUCGUCCAAACCAUUCCACAGGCACGACCUGACCAGACCGCAAAAGACACAAUUUAUUACUGCGCUUGGGCUGGCAGCUUUGGCUUGAACGCUUGCAAUCCCCGUACAUUGUCGUCUCACCUCCUCAACUACAUGGUCUCUAUCGAGGGUAUUGUGACUCGAUGUUCUCUCAUCCGCCCCAAGGUCGUGAAGAGUGUUCACUACAAUGAGAAAAAAGACAUGUUUCAUUUUCGCGAGUACCAGGAUCAGACCAUGACCAACGGUGUUACCACUUCAAGCGUCUACCCUCGCGAGGACGACGACGGUAACCCGCUUAUUACAGAGUAUGGCUUUUGCACAUACCGAGACCACCAGACCAUCUCUAUCCAGGAAAUGCCCGAGCGAGCACCCGCAGGGCAACUCCCCCGCGGAGUCGAUGCCAUUCUAGACGAUGACCUCGUCGACAGUGUGAAGCCCGGCGACCGAGUGCAGCUCGUCGGCAUUUAUCGAACGCUGGGUAACCGUAAUACCAAUCACAACAGUGCUCUCUUCAAAACGAUGAUUCUCACGAACAAUGUUGUCUUGUUAUCUUCAAAGUCCGGAGGUGGUGUGGCGACUGCAACCAUUACUGAUACCGACAUUCGUAACAUCAACAAGGUGGCCAAGAAGAAGAACCUUCUGGAGCUGCUCUCUCAAUCACUUGCCCCCAGUAUAUAUGGGCACGAUUAUGUCAAGAAGGCCAUCUUACUCAUGCUUCUGGGUGGUAUGGAGAAGAACCUCGAAAAUGGAACACAUCUGCGUGGAGAUAUCAACAUUCUGAUGGUCGGUGACCCGUCCACUGCUAAAUCUCAGCUGCUACGUUUCGUCCUCAAUACUGCACCGCUCGCGAUUGCGACGACUGGUCGUGGCUCCUCGGGCGUUGGUCUCACUGCAGCAGUAACUUCUGAUAAGGAGACGGGUGAGCGCCGACUGGAGGCCGGUGCCAUGGUCAUGGCUGACCGUGGUGUCGUUUGUAUCGACGAAUUCGACAAGAUGUCAGACGUUGACAGAGUUGCGAUCCAUGAAGUUAUGGAACAGCAGACUGUUACCAUCGCAAAGGCGGGUAUUCACACAUCGCUGAAUGCUCGUUGUAGUGUUGUUGCUGCUGCUAACCCUAUUUUCGGCCAAUAUGAUCCUCACAAGGAUCCUCACAAGAAUAUUGCGCUGCCUGAUUCUCUACUCUCACGUUUUGAUUUACUGUUUGUCGUCACAGAUGACAUCGAGGAUACGCGAGAUCGACAUGUGUCAGAACACGUCCUUCGUAUGCACCGAUAUCGCCAGCCAGGAACUGAAGAAGGCGCUCCUGUGCGUGAGCAAGGUGGGCAGUCCCUGGGGGUCUCGGCUUCAAAUCAAACUGAGUCCCUGGGACCAACUGAAGUUUACCAAAAGUAUGAUGCAAUGCUACAUUCUGGUGUCACAAUCACAUCUGGUCGCGGUACAAACAAGAAGCCCGAAAUCCUUAGCAUCCCGUUCAUGAAAAAGUACAUCCAAUAUGCCAAGACGAGAAUCAAGCCCAUUCUGACACAAGAGGCUUCUGACCGAAUCGCUGAUAUCUAUGUCGGUCUACGGAACGACGAGAUGGAGGGCAACCAGCGAAGGACCAGUCCUUUGACCGUCCGUACUCUGGAGACCAUCAUUCGUCUUGCCACAGCACAUGCCAAAUCCCGCCUAUCAAAUAGGGUGGAGGAGCGCGAUGCGGCUGCUGCAGAGGGUAUCUUACGCUUCGCUCUUUUCAAGGAAGUUGUUGAAGAAUCGCGGAAGAAGCGGAGAAAGACCCAAACGGUUGACUUUGCAUCAUCCAGUGACGAGAGUUCCAGUGAUGAUGAAGAUGACGAUGGUGACAUUGCCAAUGCCACGCAAUCAAACAGGUCGACUUCGAGGACUACACGCAACAGUAGUCGCCUUCAAGCGAGAGAAACCAGUGACACUGCCCGGUCCAGCAGAGAACUUGAUGCUCCUGAGGAUGACUCGCAAAGCACAUUGCGAAGAUCUAGCCGGCGAACACAAGACCAGUCACAAUCGCAGGCUUCAUUUGCAUCCUCAAUUCCAGCCUCUCAGCUACCAUCCUCGAACCAGCUAGAGUCGCAGGAUGGCGACGAGGACCUUGCCAGCGGUGCUGCAGCAUUGGCAAUUGACGAUACUCCCAUCAGCUCUGAGCGACUGACAACCUUCCGAACAGCCCUUGGUCAGCUUCUCAACACAGACCUGUUUGAAGAUGACGCGGCCGAGCUGGAUGCAGUCGUGGAGGCGGUGAAUAAAAAGAUUGGGAACCGUCGCGAUGCAUUUGAUAAAGGAGAGGCCACAAAGGCGCUCCAGAAAAUGGGAGAGGCAAACCAGAUUAUGUUCACGGAGGGAGAUCUUGUGUACAAGAUCUAA